CAGGAGGACUCCAAUCUGCCGAAGCACAGCACCGCUGCUCGCCUUCUUGAGAGGAGAGAGGCAGAGAAUCACAAGCCUUCUCCUCCUCCAUCCUGUGUGUGAGCGUGUGGCUUUUUUCACUGGUACACACGUUGGCUGGUUGAAUCACACAGCACUGUUCGCAUUAGUGGAGGAACUGUGCUGUGUCUUCCAGAAUGCUCAACAAUCUCACAGAAUGUGAAGAGGGCGAUGGGGGACCCAACAAUCAGGGAGAUGCAACUUCCAAGGAGAGCAGCCCCUUUAUCAACAGCAGUGCAAGUGAUGUAGAGAAAAGUCGGCAGUAUGAUGGAAAAAACAUGGCACUGUUUGAGGAGGAGAUGGACACUAGUCCCAUGGUAUCUUCUUUGCUCAGCAGCCUAGCCAACUACUCCAACUUGACACAGGGCAGUAAAGAGCAUGAGGAGGCAGAAAACAACGAGGAAGCACGCAAGAAAACUGUGCAGGCUCCACGCAUGGGCACAUUAAUGGGCGUUUACCUGCCAUGUAUGCAGAACAUCCUGGGGGUGAUUCUGUUUCUCAGGAUGACCUGGCUGGUGGGUGCUGGGGGUGUACUGGGCACCUUCACCAUCGUCUUCAUGUGUUGUUCCACGACUAUGUUGACUGCUAUCUCGAUGAGUGCAAUUGCCACCAAUGGAGUUGUGCCAGCUGGUGGUUCCUACUACAUGAUUUCUCGUUCACUGGGGCCAGAGUUUGGCGGGGCUGUUGGUAUAUGUUUCUACCUGGGCACCACUUACGCUGGAGCCAUGUAUAUACUGGGCUGCAUCGAAAUCCUACUGAUCUACAUUGUGCCAUCAGCUGCUAUAUUUAAAAUGGAGGGUCUGGAGGGAGCAGAGGCCGAGGCAGCACUGUUGAAUAACAUGCGAGUGUACGGUACCAUUGUGCUCUCCUUAAUGGCUUUGGUUGUUUUUGUUGGUGUGAAGUAUGUCAACAAACUGGCCCUUGUGUUCCUCGCCUGCGUUAUUCUCUCCAUCCUUGCUGUCUAUGCUGGGGUCAUCAAGACAUCUUUUGAUCCGCCAGAAUUUCCGGUCUGUGUGCUCGGGAAUCGAACUCUUGUAUCAAAGGGCUAUGACAUUUGUGCCAAGACCAUAGAAAGCGGCAAUGCCACAGUCACCACCAAGCUCUGGAGAGCCUUUUGUGACUCUGAGUUCCUGAAUGCCACCUGUGAUGAGUACUUCACUAACAACAACAUCUCUCAAAUCCAGGGAAUCCCUGGAAUCACCAGUGGUAUCCUGGCAGAGAAUCUUUUCAGUAGCUUUAUGGAGAAAAAUUCUAUCUUAGAAAAACGAGGUCUGCCAGCAACACACGACCCUGACAGCCCACUAACCAACACUAACCGAUAUGUCCUGGCCGACAUCACCAGCUUCUUCACCCUGCUAGUGGGCAUCUACUUCCCCUCUGUAACAGGUAUCAUGGCUGGUUCCAACCGUUCUGGUGACCUGCAGGAUGCUCAGAAGUCCAUCCCUGUUGGUACCAUAUUAGCCAUUGCCACUACCUCCUUUAUCUAUAUGUCUUGUGUGAUUCUGUUUGGAGCCUGUGUAGACGGAGUCGUUUUGAGGGACAAGUUUGGGGAAGGUGUCAACGGUAACUUAGUUAUUGGCACGCUGGCUUGGCCCUCGCCCUGGGUCAUUGUGUUUGGCUCCUUCUUCUCCACCUGUGGGGCGGGUCUUCAGAGUUUGACAGGAGCGCCUCGCCUCCUUCAAGCCAUCGCUCGAGACGGAAUCAUUCCUUUCCUUAGGGUGUUUGGCCAUGGCAAAGCUAACGGUGAACCCACAUGGGCUCUCCUCUUGACAGCUUGUAUCUGUGAGAGUGGCAUCCUUAUUGCCUCCCUGGAUGCAGUUGCGCCCAUUCUCUCCAUGUUCUUUCUUAUGUGCUAUAUGUUUGUAAACCUGGCUUGUGCCCUGCAGACACUUCUCAGAACUCCUAACUGGAGGCCACGCUUCAAGUUCUACCACUGGGCUUUGUCACUCUUGGGCAUGAGCUUGUGUCUUACCCUUAUGUUCUUGUGCUCCUGGUACUAUGCCAUUGUUGCCAUGGUGAUUGCUAGCUGCAUCUACAAAUACAUCGAGUUCUGCGGGGCAGAGAAGGAGUGGGGUGAUGGGAUACGUGGCAUCUCUCUCAGUGCUGCCCGCUUUGCUCUUAUGAGGCUGGAGGAGGGUCCUCCUCACACUAAAAACUGGAGACCACAGAUUCUGGUGCUUGUGGGUUUGGAUGGGGAACAGAAUGUAGAGCAACCUCGACUGCUGUCGCUGACCAAUCAGCUGAAAGCGGGCAAAGGUUUGACCAUCGUGGGGGCAUGUGUGGAGGGCACUUACUUGAACAACCAACCACAGGCACAGAAAGCAGACCAAUCCUUAAGGAAGCUGAUGGAGGUUGAGAAGGUGAAGGGGUUCAGUCAGGUGGUGAUCUCUUCUAACCUUCGGGAUGCCACCUCACACCUGAUCCAGGCUGGAGGACUCGGUGGCCUUCGCCACAACACUGUGCUGGUCAGCUUCCCCAAGAACUGGAAACAGGCUGAGGAGCACCACCGUUGCAGGAACUUCAUUGAGAUUGUUAGGGAGACCACUGCGGCUCAUUUAGCCCUACUUGUGCCGAAAAACAUCUCUGCAUAUCCGUCAAAUGGUGAACGUUUCACUGAGGGACACAUUGAUGUGUGGUGGAUUGUCCAUGAUGGAGGCCUGCUCAUGCUUCUUCCCUUUCUUCUGCGCCAACACAAGGUGUGGAGGAAGUGUAAGAUGCGUAUCUUCACUGUGGCUCAGAUGGAUGACAACAGCAUUCAAAUGAAGAAAGACCUGAUAAUGUUCCUGUAUCACCUGCGGCUUGAUGCUGAGGUGGAGGUGGUGGAAAUGCAUGACAGUGACAUCUCGGCCUACACCUAUGAAAAGACCCUGGUGAUGGAGCAGCGAUCACAAAUCCUCAAGGAGAUGCAUCUUACCAAGAACGAGCGAGAGAGAGAGAUUCAGAGCAUCACAGAUGUGUCUCGUGGGUCUAUUCGGCGAAAGAACCCUUCAAAUCUGCACACUCAGAGGAGUAUCGCUGAGGAGUCAGUGGUGGGGAGUGGCCAAGAGAAACCUGAGGAGGAGUCUGUCCAUCUCUCCCAUCCUUGGCAGGUUCAGCUCAUUCAGGAAAAAAAUGCCACCCCCACCCCCACUAGCCCCACCUCCCCUACCUCUCCCACCCCAGCGGUCAUAACUCCUGGACAGGAGGUGCAGAUGACCUGGACGGAUGACACAGAGAAGGCCAAUAUCCCAGCAGUAGCCAACCCAGAAAGUGUAAAAGAUAUGUUCAACAUGAAACCGGAAUGGGAGAACCUGAAUCAGUCCAAUGUGAGACGCAUGCACCAUGCACAGAAGCUCAAUGAGGUCAUCAUUAAGAAGUCACAAGAAGCUAAACUAGUUCUGCUUAACUUGCCUGGACCACCUAAGAACCGCACUGGAGAAGAGAACUACAUGGAGUUCCUUGAGGUCUUGACUGAAGGUCUCAACAGGGUUCUCCUUGUGCGUGGAGGUGGACGUGAGGUCAUUACCAUCUACUCUUGAGAGGCUCAGCUCACCCACCAAAUAUUCCUCACUGCAUAGCCGGAAUGCCCCAGGAACCCCAACCUACACCAUGAGCAAUAACGCCCCAGCACAUAUCAGAUGACUUUGCACUACAUAGUCUAAGACCUCUAAAAAGACACCAGCUUAGUAGAUGUCACUUCUUUCACAUUCUUUUACACAUAUUAUCUCUCUAUCUUUGGAUCUUAUCUUUAUUGACUUAUUUCUCAGCUCAUGAACUCAACAACUUACAUAUUUCACAGUUCAGUAAAAGAUUGAGAUGGUCUUUGUUAAUACACUCUGAUGACUAAUUUUCAGAUGUUUUCCAGUGACACCCAACCAAAAUUUCAAUCAUUCUAAUCUUAUUUAAUAUGAACUUUUCUGAGAACACAAAGCUCUUAAGGGGUGGCCAGACUAGAUUUUAAGCAUGCAAAAUUACUUAAGGUUUAUGUUUUUUCAUAUAGAACAAGAACGCUAAAUUGAGAGUUUCCUACAUAUUGAUUUUCAGCCAAGUGGUCAAUCUGUGACAUUUAGAUCAUAUAUUGGUCAAACACCUUAUUGCUAAUAGAAUUCGUCAGUCAAAGUUUACCAAGUUUACCAAAGAAAUUAUACCAACAUUUCUUUGUAUGUAUUUAUAUGCAUACAGUAUAAAUGGAAGUAAACAGAUCUCAAAAUCUAGUAUGACCACACCAUAACACAGUGUCCUAACCAAAUGCGUUGAGCGACAGCACACUUUGUCGAUCGCUUGGUUAUUAUUUUUGCUGCAACGCAUUGUGUAGCCCCAUCUACAGUGAAUUCUCAUCGGCUUCCACAUAGCUGUAUAUGAAACAUCAAAUAUUUCCUUCUUGGCUGUUUAUGUGAAGUGCGCAGCAUUUUUGCUUUCGGUGUGGACAGAUAAAUUGCUUGUCCCUGGAAACUUUUGUAACCCACUGGUUAGGACAGCGUGUUAGACUUUAUAUAGCUAAUGAUUUUCUUCCUCUACUGUCACUCCAUUGUUCUAUUGUUUGUCAUAGGGUGAAUAGAGAGGUGAACUAUUUAUUUGUUGAAAAAAGUCUUCCAGUGUACCAUGUAAUUGUCUAAGGUGUGUUUUUACACCAAGGACAGAACUGACCAGGGUUUAUUGUGAGCCAGGUGUAAGCACUCCAGAGGUUUUUACUUCUGGAUCAGUGACUAUCAGCUUUGCCCUUCAUUAUUGCAUGUCUUCUUGUCUACAUCGGCCUUCUACAAGUCAUGUACAACAUGAGAGUGUGUGACUGUCUCUGUGUGUGUGUACUGGUGUAGAUUUGGAGGGUUUUUAAUCGCAGAAUAUUGACAACUUUGUUCCUUUCAUAAAUAUGUUCACUUAAUCCAUGGAACUGAAAAAUAGUAGACAUAUUAGACAUUAAUUGUAUUGCUCAAUCCACACAUAUGUGUACAUACUGUGGAGAAUGAGAGUUAUAAAAAUCUGAAUAGAAUCUGCUGUAUAAUGAAAACCCAUAUACAGUUUAAAUAUUCAGUACAGAUAUAACCCUGAAUAGUCUUAUUUAAACAGUAGAAUUACAUAUAUCUUAAGGGAAUGUAAAUAGAAAAGGGAAUAAAAUAACAUUUACAUUUAAAAUAUUUAUUUACAAAAAUAUUUAUUAUUUGAUUGAUUGUAAAAAUGGUCUAAAAAUGGAAUUUACAUCUCUUGCCAAAUCAUAAAAUAUUGUGCCAUAUGAAGACCAUAAACAGAACAUCUAAAAAAACAAAAACAAAUAAAUAAUUCUUAUCUUUACAUUUUCAUAUAAAAAAGGAAAGUGCUGGGUUAGAUGUUGUAACAUUAACACAUAUCAUGUAUCUGAUAUUACCAGUUAUUUUGUAAAGCAGAUCCAGUUUUAUCUUAGUAACAUUUUCUCACAGAAAUUAUCCUUUUUCACCAGAUCAGAUGUUAACAAAAAUAUAUUUUAACAGCAUAAUAUUUGUCUAAUGUUUGUCAUGAAUGUCUGAGAUUUACUUUUAUUUUUCACAUUUGUAAAGACACUAAUUUGCUACAGUACGUAUAAGCAUCAUCUGUGAAAGAGUGAUGCAGACUGUUCAAAUCACGAGCACGAGAUAUUUAGUUUAUGUGUGGUAGAAAUAGAAAAUAUAAAACAAAUUUAACAAAAGAGUUUGUAAAAUUGCAAUGAUGAAAAAAAGAAAUAUAUUAGAAAACCUAAUAGGCUAGUAAAACAAAUAUUGUUGUGUGUAACUGUGAGACUUUAAAAAGACAAAUAUGUUACUAACUGUAUGUUUUUAACUUUCAAAUCAAAUUGUGCUGAGUUUGCUGCUACCUUCAUUCAAAUGUAAAUAUAUCGCAUCCCUGCCCCCUAAAAAAAACUAAAGAAUGAAAGCAAAAAGUAUGAAAAGAAUAUUUAUAGACUAUUUUCAUUAUAUUGAAAGUGUGUAUUCAGACACCCAAGUUAGUUGAAAGUGAUUUCUCACAAAAUAUUUUACAGGGUUUUGAGUACUACAACUCUACUAGAAAAAUGUCUAGAUUAUCUAGUUAAUAAAAUGAGAGUUUAUCACGAUGCCAUUGUCAGUCUGUCCGAAUUUGUAUUAAGCUUACCUCAUCGUACCUCAAAUGUAGUCUUGUCAAAGUUUACACUAAAGUAUACUCAAAAAAUAUUUUAGCCUAUUUUUAAGA